GUCUUCUCUAGCCUGCACCUAAUCUCACUGUGUGGCUCCACUUCCUGUGUCUACACGUGUGUAGCAGAGCUGGGGAGUCGGCAAAAUGAAGCCGAGAAGACAUCGAAAGCAAGCGCCAAGCUUCCGCAAGCUCUUGAAGACCAGCAAGCUAAAACUUGACAACAAGUUAAAGAAUAAGCAGUUUAAGCAGGAGAGUACAGCAAAGAAGCACAGGAAAGAGCAGAAGAAGCUCCGUGAAGCUGUGCGAGAUGUUAGCACCAAAGCAGCCCAACCCCUGGACAGAGUCAAGAAGAAGCAGCAAGUUAUUGAAGAGGAGGAAUUGGAAGAGGAGUCUCUCCCCUUGGAUAUGAUAGAUGAAGAUGACCUACAGCUAAUGCGAGAAAUGGCUCAAAGGGCAUCCUUUGUGACCAGGGACCUUUCCGUCAGUGAACCCGUCCAUUCCACAAAACGAAAACGGGACAGUGUGAUUGAUAAGUAUGAGAAGUUGCCCAGACAUAUGAAAAUGGAACCUGAGAAAGAGGUUAUUCAUCUUCUGCCUAUAAAGGACAAAAGUGGAAUUAUUCCCCAGAGUAUUGAGAAACCAGUUGUCCCUACUGAGUAUCAGGAUGAGGAAGAGGAGACCGACACUGAAGAGCCUGAAGUUGUGCCUGCGGAGCCUCUACUUGUACUUAGCACAGAGGAACUGAUUGAACAUAGGAGAGCCACCCUGGAAGAGAAGAAAGCUCACAUUGCAUCCUUGGCCUCGGCUAUACUGGCAGAUCCAGAGAACAGUAUUAGGAAACUGAAGGAGCUACGUGCCAUGUUGAUGGAACAGGACUCUACAGUGGCGGUAACAGUCCGGAAGCUUGUCCUGAUUUCGUUAAUGGAAAUAUUCAAGGAUAUCUCCCCUUCCUACAAGAUUCGCCCCCUAACAGAAGAAGAGAAGGCUGCUAGAGUCAAGAAAGAAACUCAGAAGAUCAGAGAAUUUGAAGAAGGUCUGGUCAGUCAGUACAAGUUUUAUCUGGAAAACCUGGAGCAAACAAUAAAAGAUUGGAAGCAAAUGAAAACCAAAAAGAGUGAAGUAGUAUCACUAGAAGCAUACAGAGGACUGGCAGAGGUGGCUGUGAUGUGCCUAUGUGAGCUCAUGCUCUCUCUUUCCCACUUCAAUUUCCACAAUAACCUCAUCGUCCUCAUUGUACCGCUCAUUGAUGAUAAAUGCAAAAAGAUUGCUGAUUUGUGUACAGAAGCUGUAAAGAAACUUUUCAGGCAGGAUAAAUUGGGCCAUGCAUCUCUGGCAGCUGUAAAGAUAAUAUCCGGGCUGGUGAAGAGUAGAAACUACUGCGUCCGUCCAGAGGUGCUUAACAUCUUGCUUCAUCUAAGAAUUAAAGAAGUUGAAGUGAAAAAAGACGUAGAAGACAUUACUCCUAAGCAAAAGAUGAUGACUUACAAAGAUAAGAGGAAGAAUCUGUCGAGGAUGCAAAGAAAGUGGAAGAAAGCUGAGGAGAAGCUGGAGAGAGAACUUCUGGAGGCUGAUGCAUCAGAGAGCAAAGAAAAAAAGUUGAAGCUGCAUACGGAAACAUUGAACAUUGUUUUCUUAACCUACUUCAGAAUACUGAAAAGAGCACAGAAAUCUGUUCUCCUUCCUGCCGUCUUAGAAGGCCUAGCAAAGUUUGCCCAUCUAAUAAACGUGGAAUUUUUUGAUGAUCUCCUUGUGGUGCUAAAUAAGCUUGUUGAAUCUGGUGAACUCAACUACAGAGAGGGUCUUCACUGUGUGCAAACAGCAUUCAAUAUACUUUCUGGCCAAGGUGAUGUCCUCAAUAUUGACCCCUUAAGCUUCUACACUCACCUUUACAAAACCCUGUUUGGACUAAGUGCAGGAUCUACAAAUGAUGAUACAGUGAUUGCCCUUCAGUGUCUGGAAGUGAUGCUCACCAAGCGCAGGAAGCAAGUGUCCCCACAGAGGGCGCUGGCAUUUAUAAAGAGACUUUCUACAUUGGCACUGCAAGUCCUACCCAAUUCAUGCAUUGGCAUCCUGUCCACCAACAGAGGACUCCUGCAAAUGUUUCCAAAGACUGACAUUCUGCUUGAUAAUGAAUCUCAAGGCAGUGGACUCUUCCUACCGGAGCUGGAUGAGCCAGAAUAUUGUAAUGCCCAGAAUACCGCCUUGUGGGAGCUGCACCUUUUGCAGAGACAUUAUCACCCUGUAGUCCGGGAGUUCACUGCUCACCUGUGUGCUGGCGCACCCUCUGAAGGCUCAUCAGCGCUGAGAGCUUCUUUAAGCCGAAGAUCUGCUGUGGAAUUAUUUAAUGAUUUCUCUACAAAUGGAAUGAACUUCAAUCCACAAGUUCCUGAAACUGUUCCCAAGAUGAAGGGUAAAGGUAGAACAAUCCUUGAGCUGAGUAAAGACUUACAGGAGAUGAUUGAGGCGAAGCUUGGCCAGGUACCAUUGGGCGAGCUGGACUUUGCAUCACAAGUGAAAGCUUUUACCUUGUGACCGUGGCAAGGAUGACCAUUCAUAAAGAACAUCUUAAAGGGGUACUCCGCUGCACCAGCAUUAGGAACAUUUUGUUACGAAUGCUUGGGGCGAGCGGCUGGGGUUGUGAUGUCACGCCACGCCCCAUCAAUGCAAGUCUAUAGGAGGGGGCGUGGCAGCUGCUACGCCCCCUCCCAUAGACUUGCAUUGAGGUGGCGUGGCGUUACGAGGUGCAUGGCCAUGACGUCACGAGCCCCGCCGCCCACCCCCAUCGUUCUUAAUGAAUUCCAGGUGCUGCACAGUGAUUGUGGGGAUCCCAGCUGCGGGAGCCCCAAUGAUCAGACAUCUUAUCCCCUAUCCUUUGGAUAGGGGAUAAGAUGUCUAGGGGUGGAGUACCCCUUUAAAUCUUGUAGAUAUUAUUAACUAUAUUUUUAGUGCCUUUGUAUAUACAAAGCUUUGAAUGUGAAAGAGAGAGAACCAAUCUGUGAUAAAUAAAAGCUGCUGUAAACAUGGAGGCUUUAAAGAAACCUUACCGACACAAGGUAUGAAGCAAACCAUCUUUAUUCUCAGCAUAUACAAAUACAACAGUGUUUCAAGUCUGUAUAUAUUAAGUAGUCCAAAUGAAAAAAAGUCAUUUUACAAAACCAACACUUUUCAAAACUGGCACAAAAAGUCAAGAGACUGUCACACACUUCAUAACAUGCAGAAAUCACAAUUAUUACACUCAUUGAAAUACUUCAGUGCCCUUUACAUAGUAAGUUAUCCUGCUGGGCAGUUAUACUGAAGAUGUACCAGGCAUGGAACAGUUUAGUACAUCUGCUGCUCCGAUAAAUAUCUUACAUCCAUUCUAUGACACAAGGCUUUACCUGCUGACUUAAAGUCUAACUCCAUUGCAGUAACUACACAUACAUGGUUUAAUUCAUAUUUAUAUAUAAUUCAAUAUAUAUAUAUAUAUAUAAAUGGUAGCUUCCCCUGUUGAAGUUUGCAGGUUGUGGUAUUUCAUACUACCAGCAACCACAGAUCUGUCUGGGUGACCACUAUUUGAGCAGCUAUAUGUGGAACUUCCAGGAAGCUGUUUACUCCCGUGGAAACAUUUUUUUUAUUUUAUUUUUUUAUGAACUGGUGCCAGAAAGUUAACAGAUUUGUAAAUUACUUCUAUAAAAAAAAAAUCUUAAUCCUUCCAGUACUUUUUAGGGGCUGUAUACUACAAAGGAAAUGCUUUUCUUCUUGGAUUUCUCUUCUGUCACGACCACAGUGCUCUUAGCUGACCUCUGCUGUCCAUUUUAGGAACUGUCCAGAGCAGCAGAGAACCCCCCAGGUCAGACACUUAUCCCCUAUCCAAAGUCUACCACUGGAUUUCUUCUUUAAAGAAGUUAUCCAGGAGAAAAAAAAAAAGAUUUUUUU